AUGCACAGUCCACCAGUCUACCGGUUUCACCCUGCUCCCUUGACGUUCGGUCGCGAAUUCCAAACCCCCCUUCGACUUACAUUUCCGAUCCAGAUACCCGACACCAUUUAUUCCCAGCGAACAUGGCACACAACUUGUAGGUAUUCACCGCAUCACUACCGUCCUCGCUCGACAACACCUAAACUCCAGCUAAGAGCACCAAAAACGCAUCUUCGAUCUCACGGCUUACGAAGAGCUCCCUAUCAACUAGAAGAUCAAGUCUGGCUUCACCAACCCUACCUUAACCGCGGCGACUACACGAAACUAGACAAACCCUACUCAGGCCCAUUCGUGGUCGUCCAAUCACUCGCUAUCAACACCUACCGCAUUCACCCCGUCUCUGAUCCAUUCGCCCUUCCUCUUACAGUAAACUUUAGUCGCCUUAAAUCCGGACAAAAGAUCUGA